AUGAUUAGCAGAAGGCAUAAAAUUUAUCUAGCUCUAUUUUGUGCUUUCAUUUUUUUUAUUCUGUACAGACCAAAUACCUCAACACAGAUGUCAUCAAAACUAUCACUCCCCGUUGUUAUCGUUGGCUCAGGCUUAGCUGGAUUAAGCGCUGGUAACCAAUUGGUUUCUAAGUAUAAGAUUCCUAUUGUCUUAUUAGAGAAAGCUUCUACUUUGGGUGGUAAUUCUAUCAAGGCCUCCAGUGGUAUAAACGGCGCAGUCACGUCCACCCAAAAGGCUCUCAACGUCGAAGACUCUACUGAUCUUUUCUACCAAGACACUGUCAAGUCUGCCCUUGGUCUUGGGAUUCCAGCUUUACAAGAAAAGCUUUCCAAUGAGUCAAGCUCUGCGGUGACGUGGCUCCAACAGGAGUUUGAUUUAAAGUUGGAUCUCCUUGCUCAAUUGGGGGGUCACUCGCGCCCUAGAACUCACAGAUCAUCUGGCAAAUUACCACCUGGAUUCGAAAUUGUCAAGGCAUUGUCGGACGCUUUGAAGAGCAUUUCGGAGGAGAACCCUGACAUGGUUACCAUCUACAACAACAGCAAAGUCGUUGACUUGGACAUUGAAAAAGGAAAAGUACAAGCCGUCCAGUAUGUUGACGAAAAUGGCGAAUCCAAGGUAAUUAAAACAAAUCAUAUCGUCUUCUGUUCUGGUGGGUUCGGUUACUCGACAGAAAUGCUAGAGAAAUAUGCACCACAAUUGAGGCACUUGCCAACUACAAAUGGUGCUCAAACGACUGGAGAUGGCCAAAAAAUUUUGGAAAAGCUCGGUGGUGAUCUAAUUGAUAUGACUCAAGUUCAAGUUCAUCCUACUGGAUUCAUUGAUCCUGCUAACCGCUCCAGUAACUGGAAAUUUCUAGCUGCCGAGGCGCUUAGAGGGUUAGGAGGGAUUCUUCUCAAUCCAUCUACCGGUAGGCGGUUUGUUAAUGAGUUAGAUACUAGAGAUAAGGUCACAGCUGCAAUUCAGGAAGAUUGUCCUCAGGAUGAGAAUAGAGCUUACUUGGUCAUGAGUGAAUCUGUCUACGCUGAAUACAAGAACAACAUGGAUUUUUAUCUUUUCAAAAAGCUAAUUAAGAAGACCACGGUGAGUGACUUUGCUCAAGAGUUGCCUAUAUCUGAGGACGAUUUGUCUAAAGAAUUAGAAACUUACAGUACUGCUAAGGAGGAUACUUUUGGUCGUUCUCUUAGAGUGAACACGUUUGAAUCGGGAAUUUCGAAAGAUUCUACCAUCUAUGUUGGUGAAAUCACUCCCGUGGUCCACUUCACCAUGGGCGGUGUUAGAAUUAAUGAAAAUGCCGAGGUCAUAGGAAAGAAUGGCGAAGCGUUGGCUGAGGGUUUGUAUGCCGCUGGUGAAGUUUCUGGAGGUGUCCAUGGUGGAAACAGACUUGGUGGAUCCAGUUUACUUGAAUGUGUAGUGUUUGGACGGACAGCUGCAAACUCCAUUAUGAGCAAACUUUAA